AUGACCACUCAAGCAGGACCCUCAAGGGAUAUUCUACGAUUCACCACCCACCGACAUCUCCGUCAGAGAUUAUUGCUCUCGAUAUUAUCCGGUAAAUCCAUAAGGGUAGAUGGGAUACGAUCGGACGAUGUUCAUGUUGGUUUGAGGGAUUAUGAGAUCAAUUUGUUGAGAUUGGCUGAAAAAGUAACUAAUGGAAGUACCAUCGAGAUAUCUGUAACUGGUACAUCGUUCCUCUUUCAUCCUGGUUUAUUACCUGGUGGGAACUAUACACAUACAUGUCAUAUCGGUAGAUCGAUAGGGUAUUAUCUGGAAUUGUUGAUACCCCUAGCACCUUUCUGUAAGAAACCAUUUGAGAUCAAUUUGUAUGGUGUAACAGGUGAAGAAGGGAGAGAUAUGAGUGUCGACAUGAUAAGAACGGUGACCCUACCUCAUCUCCACCUAUUCGGCGUAACAGAUGGAUUGGAAUUACAAAUAAAAAAGAGAGGUUCGGCUCCUUUAGGUGGUGGUCAGGCAAUCUUCAAAUGUCCGGUAGUAAGGACGUUGAAGACUGUUCAAUUCUUGGAGAAAGGUAAAAUCAGGAAGAUAAGAGGUGUAGCCUACUCAACAAGAGUCUCACCUCAGUUCGCUAAUCGAAUGGUAGAAUCCGCUCGAUCAAUAUUAAACAGGUAUAUACCUGAUAUAUACCUCAUAACGGAUGUUUACAAAGGUGAUGAUUCUGGAAAAUCCCCAGGAUACGGUCUCACCCUCCUCUCUCAAUCUACGACUUCUUCCCUCCAUUCCUCCGAAACACUCUCUGUACCCAACCAAACUCAGACCCCGGAAGAUAUAGCAUUGAAAGCUGCCCGUCUGCUGUUGGAAGAGAUCAGUACAGGUGGAUGUGUGGAUUCAAAACAUCAAUGGUUGAUCGCGCUGUUGAUGGCAUUGGGUAAAGAGGAUGUAUCGAAAGUUAGGAUGGGUAAAUUAACGGCUAAUAGCGUUCAAUUCUUUCGCGAUAUGAUGUUGUUCUUCGGUACGAAAUACAAAUUGGUCGAGAAUUCACAAACAGGUGAAGUGGACGUUAGUUGUAUAGGUAUAGGGUAUAGUAAUGUCAAUAAAUCCAUGGCAUAA